CUCAAUGGACAUGAGUUUGAGCAAGCUCCAGGAGAUGGUGAAAGACAGAGAGGCCUUGUGUGCUGCAGCCCAUGGGGUCGCAGAGUCAGGCACAAGUGAGCGACUGAACAACAAAAACAACAAACCAAAUUCUUAGAGACCAGUUAAUCAGGUGAGAUGAAAAACAUAAAAACACAUGAAGAGAAUCAACAUUUAAGUGAAAAAUUGAAAAAAUGCAGGUCCAAAAGUAGAGAUCAUUUGGAGAAGAGAACUGUUGAAGUGUGAAGCAUUCAGUAAUAGAAGCAGCUGUGGGAAAGCAGUGGGUUAAGGUCUGAAUGGGCAAGUGGGGAGGGGUGAAAAGAAAAAGUUAAGAAAGGAAAAGACGGGGAUAAACUGAGAGAAGGAAAGCAGCAGAGAGAAGUUACGGGAAAAGGGGAAAGGUCAGAGACUUUACAAAAAUUUCAAACAGGAAAUGGAAGCAAUGAAAACAUAAGUGAAAAAGCAAUCUGUAAAGAAACAUGAAGGGGAGAUUGAGGAUUUGCAGAGGCUGGUGUACUUGCUUUGAUCAUGGAUCUCCCAGUGACUUUAGAGUAAUAAUCAAUCCUUUAUUUCCAUGCCAUGUAGGCCAAAUCCCUCAUAUGAAAGAACUGAACCUGCAUUCACUAAUGUCUUUACAAAUCACUCAGGAUCCUGGCCCUGUGUGGGUCUCUGAGAUAUGAGACACGGGACACUUCUCUUUUCUUUACCACACUCUAAGCCCCAACUUGUUGAACUCUGCUCAGCCUGGACUGUACUUUCUUAGCAAAACCAACAAAGCAGAAGGAUUCUCUUGAAGACCAAUAAUAUAUUCUUGGCCUCUCUGGGAUGCACUGUUGUUCAGUCACUAAGUCGUAUCCAACUCUUUGGGACCCCAUGGACUGUAGCCUGCCAGGCUGCUCUCGUCUGUGGGGUUUUUCCAGGCAGUAAUUCUGGAGUGGAUUGCCAUUUCUCCAGAGGAUCUUCACAGUUCAGGGGUCAAACCUGCAUCUCCUGCAUUGGCAGGCUGAUUCUUUAGCUCUGAGCCACCAGGGGAGCCCCUCUCCCUCACCUAACCAACCACAAAUCAUUAUCUUGACUCUAUUUUCAGACAAUAUCCAGGAUCUUGCCACUUAACACUCCUACUGCCUCCAGGCUUGCCUAUUCCAUUAAGGAGGAAAAAGCAUGUUGAGAGACAGUAAUACCCAUUAUGAAUUAAAUAAUAUCUGGAAAAGGAAAAGCCCUUCACAAACUAUAACGAUAGUAGCUACCAUUUGUUGAACGCCAGUGUCCCAGACACUGUACCAGGCACCUUAUUAUAUAUCUCAUGUAAACUUUCCAUCUCUUCUAUAAGCACUAUUAUAUCUCAAACAAUGUCUACAUAUAAUUUUUUAAAUGAAAAGUUUUAUUAUAUUACAGUUAAGCAGCCUACUAAAAUGUUUAUAGAAAAAGAUCACACAACUAUUUUAAACAUUUAAAAUAGCAAAAAUUGGAAGUAAAUGACAACAAAAUGUCAACAGUAACUGCAUAUAGGUGAUGAAAAUAGAUUCCUUUUCUUUCUAUUUCUUUUAUAUUCCAAAUGGAAAAGUUAGAAUUCAUCUAUACAUGUAAACUUUUAAAAAAUUAAAGUGCUACAGAAUAUCUGAGCCUUCCUGGAGAUGAUUCUUUAAUAGUUUUGUGUUUGGGUUUUUUGUUUUGUUUUGUUUUUUUCCAGUUAUUUAAUAUUGACUUAGAUUUAUAAAUUUCUUGAAUGAAUUUUGGAACUAAUGGUUUUUCAUUAAGAUUUUUUAAAAUUUCGGUAGCAUACUUAUUUCCUCACCUACUAUUAUUUGAUGAGGAGAUACUGAUAUUAUCUGAUGAGGAAACAUUGAUAAUUUUUCUCUCAGUUGGAUUUACCAUGGGUUUGUUGUUUUUAUGGGCUUGUUUACAAUGAUUUCAUUCUUAGAUUUAUUUAUUAACAUGACUUUUUUCUAUUUUCUAAUUAUUUACUUCUCCAUUUAUCUUGAUUUCUUCUCUAACCUUUUCCUUGGGGGUUUCUUCCUCAUUCUUUUUCUGAUUUCUUGAGUUGAAUUCUUAGUUCAUUUUGUUUCUGUUUAAACAGUGAAAGCAAGUGAGUGUAUAUAUCUACCAAGUACUGAUUUUUUUUUAGUUGUCAACUAUUGUUUUUUCUGGGUUUUUAUUUUGCUUUGUUUUGUUUGUUAGUCUUUCUGGGAGAUAAACUAGAGGGGGAAGAGGGAAGGCUCUCCUUGUCAUACACAAACUGUCUGCUUAUGUCUUGGUAAAGAGGUCAGAGAGGCUUUAUCCCAAUAGAGGAAGGACAUACCUAAGCCAACAGCAGAGACAGGAUUUUAACAGGAUAUUGGUGGCAAUGGAUGGAAGCCUCAUUUUGGUGUUCAACCACUCAACCACAGCCAGUGCUCCAAAGGACUGGUGAGCUGAUUCUCUGAAGCUGACGAGUGACUGAAGCCAGGGGUAUCUGAAGAAUAUUCAGACCUACUCAGGAAGUUCAUGGCCUGAGCAAAGAAAACUUCAGCCAGCGCUGAAGUCCCAUAAAUCAAAUGUUCACAAGUGGGGUCCUCCGCGAGCUAGAACUGACUAGCUCUACCGAGGCGAGGCUUCCUAGAGCGGCCCGGAAGUGCCUGGCUGAAAGCAGCGGAGCGUCGAUUGGUCAGUCAGUGUUUGUUCGGGCCGCCCCAAAGGUCGCUAGCUGUUCUCCAGGCGUGAGGUUUUUCUCUGAGACAAGAUUCUGAGAGAUUCCCCUUGACUCAGUCCCAGAUAGAGGAUUCAUCUCCUGAAAAACAGCCCAGAAUGACCACAUUUCUGGAACUUGAAGAACAAAAAGGACUUCUAAUAGUUAAAGCAGAAGACCAUUACAGGGGACAGGACUCCAUCUCACAAAAGUCCAGUCCUCACAGAAGGGAACUCUUCAGGCAGCACUUCAGGAAGCUCUGCUAUCAGGACGCACCUGGACCCCGUGAAGCUCUUACCCAGCUCUGGGACCUUUGCCGCCAGUGGCUGAGGCCAGAAUGCCACACAAAAGAGCAGAUUUUAGACCUGCUGGUGCUUGAACAAUUCCUGAGCAUUCUCCCCAGGGACCUGCAAGCAUGGGUGCAGGCACACCAUCCAGAGACUGGAGAGGAGGCGGUGACUGUGCUGGAGGAUCUGGAGAGAGAGCUUGAUGAACCUCGAAAGCAGGUUCCAGGCAAUUCAGAAAGACAGGACGCACUUUUGGACAAGUUGGCCCCCUUGAGAAGGCCACAUGAGUCAUUAACUAUCCAGCUUCAUCCCAAGAAGACCUGGCAAGAGCAGAAAUCUGGGGAGGCCCAAAGGAAUGGUGAUGAAACCAAGACUAAAACUGAAGAGUUGUCCCAGAAGGAAGAUAAAUCCAAAGACAUGGAAUUCUUUGGGAAGAUAAAUGACAGACUUAACAAAGAUAUUCUUCAAUAUCCUGAAUCCAAAGAUGCUUUUGAAAGUGAGGGCAUUUUCGAGUGGAAACAGAGGAAAAGAAGAUGCUAUAAAUGUGAUGACUGUGGAAAAAGUUUCAGUCAUAGCUCAGACCUUAGUAAACACAGGAGAACGCACACUGGAGAAAAGCCCUAUAAAUGUGAUGAAUGUGGAAAAUCUUUCAUUCAACGAUCACAUCUCAUUGGACAUCAUAGAGUACACACUGGGGUGAAACCCUAUAAAUGUAAAGAAUGUGGGAAAGAUUUCAGUGGGCGCACAGGUCUCAUUCAGCAUCAGAGAAUCCACACAGGGAACCAAGAGUGAGAAAAGAGAAGAAGAAAACCAGUCAAGAGCCUACUGCAGUAACCCAGAUGAGAGAAGGCAGUGGCACUGACCAAAGUGGACAUGAAGAGAAAUAAACAGAUUCAAGCCAAUUCCAGCCCGGACGGUCCCACCCGACGGAGAACACCAUCCGCGUCGCCCUCACUUGGGCUCUCACCCGCCAGCCCUCGUCUCCUGGCGGUUUCCAGCCCCUGGCUCUGGGCCCAGCUCACAGUGCCGUUUACCCGGCCGCAGAGGCCGGCCCCGGGAGCUCUGGAACCAUUAGCUACCGGAAGUGGCCGGAACGCGCGAGAGCGCUAGGAAAGGGGCCGGUCUUUCCCCGAUCCAGAAGCACUGAGGGUGGCGCCUGGGAAGGAGCUCAGGACCCCGGGUGGAGGAAGCGGAGAACCGUCUGAGGGAUCCGAGAACUCCGUCAUUUAAGUGGGUUCUUGGGAGGGAAAGGAAGUAGGUCAUCUUUCCAACAUGAACUUGAAAUAAGUAAUGUUCUUCUAUACCGUCCCUUCUCUCAUUUUCGGUGUUUUACACACCUCAUUUUUUGAUUCCUAGAGAAGGCUUUCUGAUUAAAGUGAAAUCUGAGCCAAACCUUGAAGGAUGGACAGAGUUAAGUGUAGAGUAGUAGGAAGUGUACUUCUACCAGAAGGGUCAGUAUGAGCAAGAGUGUGAUACUGAGUGAAAUAGCAGAAUCAAGCCACCUUCUAUUAAGUCAGACAUUAAAGAGAUUUGCAGAAAUGUCAAAUGAUUCCACCCCUUAUACUUUUUUUGAAAAUACAGAUAAACUUCAUAAAAUAUUAAAGUAACAUAAAAUAUGUUACCUAACAUAUAAUGGGUACCUUACUGUUACUUUAAAGAAAAACUUUAAUUCCUCAGCUUUAAUUUCCAACACAGCAAAUCUUGUUUUAUAUGACCCAUGUAAACAAACUCUUUGGAGUCCUCACUAGUUUUUAAGAAUAUAAAAGGAGUCAUGAGACCAAAAUAUUUGAGAAUAUGCUAUUCCACACACUAUAUGAAGUGAUGCUUCUGAAACUAAAAUGUAGAGCAACUAUGGAAAAUGCAGGAACACCUUGAGGCCCUAGGUGUGGAAAAUGUUUGGAGUCUUAUUAGAAACAUGUCAUCUGCUUAUACAAACAGGGAAAGUAUGAGUGACCAGAGUCUUAACAUUUUUUUGUGUUCUGGUGGGUCUUUCAUUGCUGUUGGACCUAGUGACUCAGGAAGUUUAAAAUAUGUUCUAAACCCUGGUGUGGCUAAUUCUAGUAGUGAUUUAAAAGGGUUAAAAGUUUAUUUUUCAUAGUAGGAAGUCAAUAGAUAAUAUAUCUGUACCUGAAAAAUUCAAGAAAUGGUAGUGUUAUAUUAUUUUUAAAUGUGGAGGUUAAUAAAAAAGCAAACGGAAAGAGUUAAAGUGGUUGCCUCUGGGGACUAGAUAUUGAUAACAAAAGGAAAGAGUGAGGCCUGGUGUUUAUCACACCAUAAGCCUCAGAGUACUAUUAAUUUUAUUUACUUUUUUAAAAUGCCUUUUUAUUAGUAAAAUCCACAAAUCAGAUGUGCAACUCAAUGAAUUUUUAUAAUAUGUGCAACCAUGUAACUACAACGCCAACCCAUAAUAAACAUUUUUUUAUCUUCUGUCA